AGGCUCCAGCCAAUCAGAUCCCAGGACAGGGAGAAACAGGUUUCCGGCCUAAUGAACGACAACAGUCUGAAAGACGUAGAGGAGACGCUGCUUCUCCUGCAGACUUUAGUGGUUUAGCUCUACAAGAUUCGGCCUUAAUCUACCAUGAUCUAACUAAUCACUAAUUUAAAUCCCAAGAACUGGCAGUCGCACUAACAUGGCAUCUGUUUACUGAACUGCUUCGUCUUCAGACACCGCUAGCACCAAGCUUUGGUGUUCAAUUUUCCAUCGAAUGAGACUGAUCCACCGUCGUCAUGGAAACAGAAACAGAAGUCAUCCCCAUCUGGCAGAAUAAGCCUCAUGGCUCCACUCGCAGUGUUGUGAGAAGAAUAGGUUCCACUCUACCCCUCAAACCUCCACAAAGAGCAUGUUUCCAGGAGCUACCAGGCCUGCCGUCUCUUCGGCCUAUGGACGGCCCUAUGGUUCCUACCUUGGCAGAUAUAGCUUGGAUUGUUGCAGAUGAAGAGGAGACGUACGCCAGAGUGAGGAGUGACACACGUCCUCUUAAACAUGAAUGGCGGCCUACACCACUCUUAGUGCUCCAUAGGAACUCAUCUGUGCCCAACUUCCGCCGUGAGGGCAAAAGGAUGGAGGGGCUACGGAAGCCUGGAGUGACUGCUCUGAAUCGUACUACAGCCCUGCAGGAUGAGCUCAGCAGACUCCGCGCACAGAUUGCCAAGAUUGUGGCGAGUGAUUCUGGCUCCAACCCGCUGACCCCGGAUCUGCUCUCCCCCGACGACACGAGCAUGAGCUUUUCCAUGGCGCCUUUUGAGACGGCGUCCUACCAGCCAGCCGCCACAGCUGCUGCUUCCUUUGUCAUCAGUGAUGUGACGGAGGAGGAGGAGGAAGAAGAAGAAGAGGAGGAAGAGGAGGAUGAGAAAGACGUAGUCUCUGUGGUGUCAGAGCUGGUCCCCGACCCUCUGCCGCCUGUUUCCAUGACAGCAUCGGCCACUUUUGAUCUGGACAGGCCCAGCAUGGACUUCCGGGAGGCAGAGGAGGACACAGUGUCACUAUCAAAGUCCACUAGUUUUGCUGAUGUCAUGGACAUCCUGAAGGACAUGAACCGUAUGAAGAUGAGCAAAGACAGGUACAAUAGAGGCUGUACGUCGCUCAGAGAGGAGGAUUCAGCCACACUGAUUUCAGAAGCUCUGAGAAAAAAGUUUGUCCUAAAGGAAGAAGAUACUGCCACUGUGAAAAGGAAGUAGCCCGAUCACGUGUUUAACCACCAAUACCCGAUCCUGCUGCUCCAUGCCUUUGCCUGUGGAAUAUGUACCCAUGGAUCCACAACCUUGCUCCUCAGACCCAAGGCAAUAGCUGUCUGCCAGAGUUUAAACAAAACAACACUUUGUCUCAAUGUGAACUUCACAGUGCUGGUGCAGUGUGAGAGGGAACAGCCAACUCUGGGUAACAAUAAUCAGUCUGAGCACUGCAUCGCAUUUUACAUUCAGUGUAUUUCUCCCUUAAAAAAAGCUUUUAUGUUUAGAUUUAUUUCAAUAAGGACUGAACAGACUUGAAUCCAGUGACGACCAGUCACUUGGGUUUACAUAAAUCUGGGAUGUUAUUUUACAGGAAGGCUUCCAAGAGGCUGAGAUCCAAACCUCUUUGCUAAGCUUUGGACUUAAAUUCAGGAAUGUCCCUUUAAAAAGCCUUUUAUUCAUCUUGCUAUGGGAAAAGCCUUUCCUGAGUUUGUUUUUACUUAUGAGUUUUCCACAGAAGCGAUGCAAAUAAACCCAUUUGUUGUGUUUUUUUCCCCCCUUCCGUUAUGUAAAGAAGUCUUCUAACGUACUUGAACAUAUUUUCUGUACAGAUGAAACAGCUCUCAUGUACAUGCAGAGAUGUACUGUAGCUCAUCACCGUGGGACAAAUAACUUCAGAUCUUUGCUGUCGAUAUUUGCAUUCCAUUACCGACUUUGCAAAUGUGCACAGCGUCAUGUACUGUAUGUCGCCUGCUCCACUGCACCUCCUAUGCCUGUCCUUUUUGUUUGUGAUUAACAUAUAGAUUGAUAGUCACAGGACACUGAUUUUAAAACCUAAUCAUAAAGGAGUGAGAAAUGCAUCAGUGAUGUUUGAAAAGCAGCAGUGUGGUGUGUAAAUCAGAAGAUGUGAGAGUGAAAUCUGCACCUGUCAUAAGCUGCGUAUUCAGUGAGCGUAACAACAGAUACAAGUCUGUACAGGCCUUUGUAGAAACAGGUUUCCCUGCUUAUAAUAUGCAACUUGGUAGAGGAAACCACCUGUUUAAUGUUAACUGAUAACAUAACAUUUAAGAGGUGAUUUUUUUUAUUAUUAUGAUGUAGGGCAGAGACAACUGAGCUAUGUGUAAGAGAUCUUUUACGUCCUUCUAUAUGCAGAGUUUUGACAAAACCAUAAAAUCUUUGUAUCAAACAGGAUACUAAUAAUAAAUCUUCUUGUUAACGCCUUACCACAGAUCUGUUGCCUGCUCCAAUGCCUCCUUUUAUUCCCACUUUAGUUCAAAGUGCCACGGGUUUGUUUUCAUCAGCCCUCCCUUCAUUGCCUGCCCUCUUUUGUCCUGAAUGUGCCCUUCAUUCUCAACUUUAUUAAGAUUCCCAAACAUAGGCACCAUGUUAACCACCUGUAUCCUUGUUUCUCUUUUUUGAAUGACAAAAAUACUUUUCCUUCCACCCAUGACACUCCUUAGUACGUUGUCAUGUUUAUGCUUUUGUGAGUGGGAAUCCUUUAGUGUAGUUUUGCUGUGUGAAAAGUUACUGCUAAGCUGAACUGAACAAGAAUGCGCCUCUCUGUGUGUAGUCGUCUGCAGUGGAGUUGAAGUAUGUUUUGUAUUGCUGGAACAGGCACACAACCUGUAAUCCUCAUCGUUGUUUUUCCCUCAUUGGUCAAGGUGAAGAAAGUGUUAGCUGAGGCAGAUAUUAUAUGCAAGUGACUGUUUUUCUCUUCUUGGGAUGGUGAACCUUACACAGCAUACACUACCAACUGCAUCCUGGUAAUAAGUGGAGGGAAAAUGCUUUAUUUUUAACUUCUACUCUUGUUUAUGUCACCGUUCUACAUCUGUGUAGGGUUGAGCCCGCCAUCACCACCUUCUGUAUCUUUAUUUUUUGUCAUGUAAGGACUUGUAAAUAAAGAAUGUGCUGAUGUUUUGAAA